AUGUUCGACCAGAUGGAGAGGGCGUGCAGCGGCGGCGAGGCAAUGGGAGGUAGCCGCUUCGCCUACGAGCCUGCGGCGGUGGCGGCAGGGGGAGGGGGGGUUGUGGCUCUCUCUCGGGAACCAAAGCCACGGUUGCGGUGGACCCCUGAUCUCCACGACCGGUUCGUCGACGCCGUCAACAAACUCGGUGGGCCCGAGAGUAAGUCGCAUCACCCAUCAUUUCCUCCAAUGCGUCAUCUGCGUCUCUCCUCGAGAACACUCUGCAAUCGCGUGGCCACAAUUUCUGCAUAUUUUAGAAACCAUUUCACAUCUUAUUCGGUCUUUCGUCGGCUCUGCCAUGGCGUGGUUAAUUAAUUUACAGCACAUGCGAGAGCAGCAUGCUGCAGCUUAGGCUAGCAUCUUCUUGGUUUCUCCGUUAAAAUAUUGUCCCUGAGAACGGGAACUGAUAAUCCUUUCUCAGCCCAGAAAUCGCCUCGACAUUUUAAUCUGCUCAGGGUUUGCAGAGAAGCGAAAAUCGUGAUUAAUCAUAUGCUUUUGCCUCAUUUGGCUCUGACUUUCUUUUUUUUCUCAUCUUUUUUUGCACAGAGGCGACGCCAAAAUCGGUGCUGAGGGUGAUGGGGAUGAAGGGUUUGACGCUCUACCACCUCAAGAGCCACUUGCAAGUGCGCACCCCCCUCCCCCCUCCCUUUCCUACCAGUCCAUCGCCACUUCCCUUUUCCUCCGCCUUCAGCUCUUUCGCAGAUUCUCUUUCUCCGGGAGGAGGUUGUGCUCCACUGACUCUGCCGUUUUCCGUCCUUCCUUUUCUCCGCAGAAAUACCGGCUGGGAAAGCAGGUCAAGAAGGAGACCGCCCCCGGCGACUCCAAAGGUGGUAAGCACCCCAUUUGGUCGAACCCCUCGUGCCUUAAUAUAUCUCCAGGCUGUGCCAGAUGAGUAGCCCUUUUAUACCUGUGGCUGCAGGGAGAACGGCUGGUGCGAGCAGCUACUCCUCCCCGGCGGGAAGCAGCGCUCUCAGGGGAAGCGACCAGGGGUACCCACCAAUUCCUUUUCUCUAUAUCAUCUGAAUUUGAUCGAAUGUGAGAGAUCCUCUCCGGUUCCCACAGCACCAAUAGUCACAUGUUGACCAACUGGGCUGGCGGGUCGUCUUUGACCAUCUCCAUCCCGGCCAAGUCUCGGUCUUCGUGACGCGCUAGCUAGUAGCGCCAUCCGCCGCUCUCCUCACGCGAAGAUUCCGCAGAGAGAUAUGAGACAGCUGGAUGGUGGUGUAGUUCUCUGCGAUUUUGACUUAACCAUGGGCCGUUGACUUCCGCAGGGAGCUCCCGAUCGCAGAGGCGUUGAGGUAUCAGAUAGAAGUGCAAAGAAAGCUGCAUGAACAGCUCGAGGUGGGCCCGCAUAGAGAGAAUCCAACUACUCACAGGCCCACCAUUCAGCACCCUUCCCUCCGUCUGACGGGCUCUCCCUAUGCGGAUCGCAGGUGCAGAAGAAGCUGCAGAUGAGAAUCGAGGCCCAGGGGAAGUACCUGCAGGCGAUACUGGAGAAAGCCCAGAAGAGCCUCUCCUUCGGCGGCGGGAGCCUGGACGAGGCCAGGGCCCAGUUGGCGGACUUCAACCUCACGCUUUCGGGGCUAGUGGAGAACGCAGAGGAGAGGACCGCAGGCGGCGCAGAGACGGCGGCGGGGACGGCGGUGGACAGCAUCAGGGUGAGUCAGACCUCGGCCUUCCAGUUGUACAAGGGCGAGGAGGAAAGGCGUGAGGCUGAGGUGGCGCCCAACGGGGACCUUCUCCUCCUUGACCUGAACUUGAAAGGAAGCUACGAGCGGCUGGGGGGGAUGAGAGGGAGGGAUCUGGACCAGAGGGCGCAUCAUCCUCAGAGAAGGUAG